AUGAGGAAGGGGCUAGAGGGGACGGCGGCCCGCUGCGGGCUGGGACUGGGAUACCUGCUGCAGACCGUGGUGCUGCCCGCCUUGGCCGUCCUGGGGGCCAGUCGCCCCGGCUCCGCCGCUCAAGACGAUGAUUUCUUCCAUGAGCUUCCAGAAAGUUUUCCGUCGGAUCCCCCCGAGCCCUUGCCCCACUUCCUCAUCGAGCCUGAAGAGGCUUACAUUGUGAAGAACAAGCCUGUGAACCUGUACUGCAAAGCCAGCCCAGCCACACAGAUCUAUUUUAAGUGCAACAGCGAAUGGGUUCAUCAGAAGGACCACGUGGUGGAUGAGCGAGUAGAUGAAACCUCUGGUCUGAUUGUCCGGGAGGUCAGCAUUGAGAUUUCCCGCCAGCAAGUGGAGGAGCUCUUCGGGCCCGAGGAUUACUGGUGCCAGUGCGUUGCCUGGAGCUCUGCAGGCACUACCAAGAGCCGGAAAGCCUACGUCCGCAUCGCAUAUCUCCGGAAAACUUUUGAGCAGGAGCCCUUGGGGAAAGAAGUGUCCCUGGAGCAAGAGGUCCUGCUCCAGUGCCGUCCCCCUGAAGGCAUCCCAGUAGCAGAGGUGGAGUGGCUGAAGAACGAAGACGUGAUUGAUCCUGUAGAAGACCGAAAUUUUUACAUCACCAUCGAUCACAACCUGAUCAUCAAGCAAGCCCGGCUGUCGGACACAGCCAAUUACACCUGCGUCGCCAAAAACAUUGUGGCCAAGAGGAAGAGCACCACAGCCACCGUCAUUGUCUAUGUGAAUGGAGGCUGGUCUACCUGGACUGAGUGGUCGGUGUGCAACAGCCGAUGUGGGAGAGGCUUUCAGAAGCGUACAAGGACCUGCACCAAUCCUGCCCCACUCAAUGGCGGUGCCUUCUGCGAGGGACAGAGCGUUCAGAAGAUAGCUUGCACCACUCUUUGUCCAGUGGACGGCAAGUGGACAUCCUGGAGCAAGUGGUCAGCCUGCGGCACGGAGUGCACCCACUGGCGCCGGAGGGAGUGCAUGGCCCCAGCACCAAAGAAUGGGGGGAAGGACUGUGAGGGGCUGGUGCUGCAGUCCAAGAACUGCACCGAUGGGCUCUGCAUGCAGGCUGCCCCUGACUCGGAUGACGUUGCUCUCUACGUGGGGAUCGUCAUCGCUGUGAUCGUGUGCCUGGCCAUUUCCGUGGUCGUGGCUCUCUUUGUCUACCGCAAGAACCACCGCGACUUCGAGUCGGAUAUUAUCGACUCCUCAGCGCUCAACGGGGGCUUCCAGCCUGUUAACAUCAAGGCUGCAAGGCAAGACCUCCUGGCAGUACCACCGGACCUCACUUCUGCUGCAGCCAUGUACAGGGGUCCUGUUUAUGCCUUGCAUGACGUCUCUGAUAAAAUCCCAAUGACCAAUUCUCCAAUCCUGGACCCACUGCCCAACCUGAAGAUUAAGGUUUACAACACUUCUGGAGCAGUGACCCCCCAGGAUGACCUCUCUGACUUCUCCUCCAAGCUGUCCCCGCAGAUUACACAGUCCCUGCUGGACAACGAGAGCCUGAACAUGAAGAACCAGAGCCUUGCUCGGCAAACAGACCCAUCCUGCACUGCUUUUGGAACCUUCAACUCCUUAGGGGGUCACCUAGUAAUCCCCAAUUCAGGAGUAAGCUUGCUGAUCCCAGCUGGGGCUGUUCCACAGGGGAGAGUCUAUGAGAUGUAUGUGACAGUCCACAGGAAGGAGAACAUGAGGCCACCUGUGGAAGACAGCCAGACCCUGCUGACCCCAGUGGUGAGCUGUGGCCCACCAGGAGCCCUGCUGACCCGCCCAGUCAUUCUGACCAUGCACCACUGCGCUGAGCCCAACACAGAGGACUGGCAGAUCCAGCUGAAGCAUCAAGCUGCCCAGGGACCCUGGGAGGAUGUGGUGGUGGUUGGAGAGGAAAACUUCACCACUCCGUGCUAUAUCCAGCUGGACACGGAAGCCUGCCAUAUCCUGACGGAAACCCUCAGCACCUACGCCCUGGUGGGACAGUCAAUCACCAAAGCAGCAGCCAAACGUCUCAAACUGGCCAUCUUUGGACCCCUGGCCUGCUCUUCGCUGGAGUACAGCAUCCGGGUCUACUGCCUCGAUGACACACAGGAUGCCCUUAAGGAGGUUCUCCAGCUGGAGCGGCAGAUGGGUGGGCAGCUUUUGGAGGAGCCCAAAGCUUUGCAUUUCAAGGGGAGCACCCACAACCUCCGCCUGUCCAUCCACGACAUCGCCCAUUCCCUCUGGAAGAGCAAACUGCUGGCCAAAUACCAGGAAAUUCCCUUUUAUCACAUCUGGAGUGGGUGCCAGAGGAACCUUCACUGCACCUUCACGCUGGAAAGGUUCAGCCUGAACACGGUGGAGCUGGUAUGCAAACUCUGUGUGAGGCAGGUUGAAGGAGAAGGGCAGAUCUUCCAGCUCAACUGCUCUGUCUCAGAGGAACCUACUGGCAUUGAUUACCCUCCUGUGGACUCUGCAGACACCAUCACCACCAUCGUUGGGCCCAGUGCUUUCAGCAUCCCCCUCCCGAUAAGGCAGAAGCUGUGCAGCAGCCUGGACGCCCCCCAGACCAGGGGCCACGACUGGCGGAUGCUGGCUCACAAGCUCAAACUGGACAGGUACCUAAAUUAUUUUGCUACAAAAUCAAGUCCCACUGGGGUGAUCCUGGAUCUCUGGGAAGCCCAGAAUUUCCCUGAUGGCAACCUGAGCACGCUGGCGGCGGUGCUUGAAGAAAUGGGCAGGCACGAGACCAUCGUUUCUUUGGCAGCAGAAGGAAGCUAUUGA